CCAUGCCCACUUAGGCCUAAAACUGUAGAGAAUGGAAAAACCAGAUAGUAAUGUUAGAAACAACCAGUGGCAGAAGCUGCUCAAGUGGCAUAAUGGACAGAAAAUGAAUGAACGAGUGGACGGCGUGAAGAGUGAAGAGAAACGACACAACUGUCAGGACUCAAAGUUAAAAUUUAACUGGAAAGAGUGGGUGAUUGACCCUGCAGACCAUUUUUAUUACAUCUGGCUACAGGUCAUGAUAGUACCUGUUGUGUACAAUGGGGUCAUCAUUAUUUUAAGGACAUGCUUCACUGCGAUUGCACUGAACCUCCUUCCAGUGUGGCUCACCCUGGACUAUCUGUCAGACCUCAUGUAUGCCGCAGACAUGAUAAUUACUCUUCAUACUGGUUACUUGGAUCAAGGUAUACUGAUCAAGGACCUGACUCAGUUGCGGAAGCGGUACCUGCACUCUAAACAUUUCCUGUGGGAUCUGGCCUCCUUGCUGCCUACUGACUUCCUCUACUUUGCAGUUGGCAUUGAAAUUCCCCUGGUGAGGAUUAACCGCCUCCUGCGUAUCCCACGGUUCAGCGAGGCCUUGGAUCGCAUGGAGACAAGAACCUCUUACCCCAAUACUUUCCGCCUCACAAAGCUGAUGAUCUACAUCUUUGUGUUGAUGCACUGGAAUGCUUGUCUCUACUUUGCCUUGUCCAAUUUCAUUGGCUUUGGAAGUGAUCCAUGGGUCUACCCAAACAUAUCCGACCCAGAAUUUGCAUCCGAGAGGCGCCAGUACUUUUACUGCUUCUGGUUCUCUACCGAGAUUUUCACCACAGUAGGCGACACCCCCAGACCUGAGAGAGAAGAAGAGUACUUAUUCAUGAUUGCAGACCUGCUAAUUGCCGUCCUGGUGUUUGCAUCAAUCGUUGGGAACGUUGGCAAUGUCAUCACAAGCCUUAGAGACCGUGACAAUGUCUUUUUCCCCAACCACGAGCUGGUAAAAGCGUACCUGCGCAGCCACCACAUCAGCAAAGAGCUUCGACAGCGCAUCGAUGACUGGUAUCAGCAUCUUCACAUCAACAAGAAGAUCAUGAGAGAAAAUGAGAUCCUGCAGCAGCUGCCUGUACACAUGAGGACAGAGAUUGCAGUCAGUGUCCAUCUUCCCACGCUCUCUAAAGUGACCAUCUUCCAGAGCUGUGAGAAAAGCCUGCUGGAGGAGCUGGUUCUCAAACUCACACCUCAGGUGUUUAGCCCAGGAGAGUAUGUCUGCAGGAAAGGGGAUGUGGGCCAUGAGAUGUACAUCAUCAAAGAGGGGAAACUUGCAGUCGUAGCAGAUGAUGGGGUUACAGAAUUUGCUGUGCUGAGUGCAGGAAAUUUCUUUGGAGAAAUCAGCAUCCUCAACAUCAAAGGUAACAAGUCAGGCAAUCGUCGCACCGCCAACAUCAGAAGCAUCGGCCACUCGGACCUCUUCAGCUUGUCUAAAGAAAACUUGACAGAUGUGUUGUCUGAGUUUCCUGCAGCCAAACGUCACCUUGAGGAGAAAGGCCGACAGAUCCUCAUCAAGAUGGGCAUGCUGGAGGUGGGAGGAGAGGUGGAGGAGGUGGAGGCUGAGAAGGUUGAAACUAAGAUACAGAGGCUGGAGAGCAACGUGGAGGCCCUGCAGACAAAACUGGCUCGUCUCAUGGUGGAAUUAGAGUCAAGCAACCGCAGGAUGCAGGCCAGAGUGGAGCAACUGGAGCUGCAGGCCGUGGCGCUGCAGACUCAGACAUCAGACGAUGCACAGGAAGGAGGAGAGGGGAGAGAUGAGGGGGUGGGAAGAGAGUGUGAAUGGGAGCGAGAGGAGGCAGAGGGAGAGGAAGAUUCAGAUAUAAAGAUGAAAGAGCAGGGACAUGAUGAUAAUGUGUUCAAAGAGGGGGAUGGAGAGAGCACUAAAAGUUCUAAAGAAGAGACUGAAAGAGCGGUGGAGGGAGAUCAAUGUGGCCUGAAGGAGUCAGAUAGUCUCGAAAAGGCAACAGAGGACGCUGGAGAGGAAACUGAAAACAAGGAAGACGACGAGAGACCCGGGAAAGGGGAUGGAGCUGAGAUUGAAACUGGAGAUGGAAAAGGAGAGAAAGGUGAAGAAGCAGAAUCUGAGGAGGAGAUAACACACGCUGAGGGACAAGAAAAGCAACCUGACAAAGAAGCACAGUAGUGAGAGGAAAGGCAAAAAUGUAUUUUUGUGUAAGUUAUUCUGUUUUUGCAUGUAAAUGCUGUAAAACACAGCUGCCAUGGUUGCUGCAAUACAUCUGAUUUCCACUGGAUGGCAGCAUCGCUUCCUGUUUAGCUAGAUGUGUGGCAUAUACAACUGACACCAGUGUAGUGAGCUUUUUGAUUAAGGAGAAAAACCAGCAUAAUCCUCUGGAGAAACGUUCUAGUUGGACUUUUGUAGCUCACAAUUUUCUUUUUGAUAAAACAUUUUUUUUAAAUCUCUUAAAAAAACAAUGGUUUAUGCAAAACCUAAAUGUCAAUAAAUAAAAUAAAAAUUAAUUAUUAGUUUUAUUAAAAAUUAAAAAAAAUCUAAAUACCAAAAAAUGUAAGUUAUUUUUUAAAGAAAGUUAUUUUAUCUGCAUACACAAAAUACUUUAAUAAAUCUUUUGUGUUACCGGUCACCAUUGGGCAGGCAUCAUCUGUUGCUGUUUUUAAAAAGUUAUUGAAGACUUAUUUUUACUCCAAAGCUUUCAACACCUUGGGGUGACAGGGUGGUCCUGGUUUUUUGACUCUUUGUGUCUUAUUUCAUUUUUGUGCUUAUUUUAUGCUUAUUAAUUGGCUGUUGUCAUUUAAUUGUAUUUUUAAUUUUUUUAAUGUUAAGUACUAUGGAUGAACUGGAAAAACGAGAAGAUGGUGAAAAUGUCCUUCUAUUUCAGUUACCCAAUUUAGACUGAGAGACCAUCUAAAGGCUCAGGAACCAUAGGUGUGGAUUCAUUUGCUGAGUGUAGUGUGACACUGAGCCUGGAAUAGAAUAGAAUAGAAUGAAAUAGAAUAGAAUAGAAGUUAUUGAUCCCACAGUUGGGAAAUGCACUUGUUACAGAAGCACAAACACUUAAGAGAAUAAUUUAAAGAAAAAUAAUAACAAAGGUACAUGUAUAUACCCAGUAAGCUACUAUUGUAAACUUCAAUCACUAAAAACCACAAAUAUAAAUUUAAUUUGAGUUGCAGAACUUUGCAGCCGCCAGUAAGGGACACAGAUAUGUAAAUUCCAAUAGGUGCCAUUAAUACAGGUGGAGAACAGAGGAGCCUCUUAUCAAAGAAGUCUGUGAGAGCCAGAAAUGUUGCUUGUUUGUACGAGACCAAAUACUUAUUUUUCACCAUCAUUUCUAAAUAAGUUCUUUAAAAAUCUGAUAAUGUGAUUUUCUGUAUUUUGUUUCCUCAUUUUGUCUCUCAUAGUUGAGGUAUACCUAUGAUGAAAAUUACAAGCCUCUCAUCGUUUAAUGGUGGGAGAACUUGCACAAUUGGAGGCUGACUAAAUACUUUUUUGCCCCACUGUACAUAUGGGACAGCAAUUACCUGUCUUGUCUGUUGGCUACAUUGUAGCCACUGCUGCCCUGGGGCACACUGACAGAAGUGAGGCUGCCAUAUGCACCAUCAGUCCCUCUCACCACUAGCAGCAGUAGCAAGGAGGGUGAAACAUCUUUGUCCAAAGACACAGUGGCCCAAUCCCAAUACCUGCACUUCCACUUAUGCCCUUCAAUUGAGCAAUCCCAAUCAGGGGUGUGAGUGUGUGUCCCAAUUCUCAAGUGAGGAAGUUGAUCAUGCCCCUCUUGCACCCUUGAGCUGCACUUUACCCAAGUCUGUAUCGAUUUUUUAAUGAAAGUAGUUUUUUUAGGAUGAUUAGUUGAUGCUCUGAAACUUUUAGACAAAGUAGAAAUGGAUGUAAAUUUAUUUCAAAGAAUUGUUGUUUAUUUGUUUAAGUUGUAAAUAAAGUUGUUUUUUUUAAUUAUCACAGCGACCAGCAUCCCGGCAUGCACUGCAGUCAAUAUGCUGCCUGUCUCAGUUCGGCAAUUAUUUGCACACUUAUGUACCACUUGAAUCUUAAUGCACACUUCUUCCAAGUGCACUUUGAUGAAGACCGCAGGGUGCAGUGCGAGUACUGGGAUUGGGCCAGUGACUGCAACAGACUGAGCAGGGCAUGAACCUGCAACCCUCUGGACGGCCACUUAACUCCUUUGCCACAGUCAAUAGCAGAGGUGUGACCAAGUCACUGCUUUGCAAGUCACAAGCACCAGAUACUUUUAGUAACCAAGGAAGAUCCACAGACAGUCUACUGUUGUGUUUAAGUGUAGUGUAGUGACAAGUUACUAUCUGGUAUGAGAAACCAGACGAUUUUUUUU